CGGACGGCCCGUCCUUUAUGAGCAGCGACAGCAGAUUUACAUGCGCAUCGUCGUGUAUCACACACCGUGAAAGGGCUCGUGGCAACCCACUGGAAUUCUGUAUGCAAACAUCGAAAGGAGCUGAAAUGAAAUGUAUUUUUUUUUUUCACCAGAUACAGAAAGCAUACCAGUGUUUGUAUUGACAUUUCGCAUUUAUAGAGGGCCCCUAUCGUGUGGACUUAUAAUAUCAACGUAUACUUGAGAGCAGGACCAUGGGGACUAGAGCAGUAUGCGGAACAUACGGUAGCAAGGUCAUACAAAAAGGCAAGGAGAGAGUGACUGCCUCGAGUCACUAUAACUGUCGCUUCGAUCCAUUGGCUUUGGGAAUGAGCUAUUGAACCUGCGUAAGGUUAUCAAGUUCACCAGGGAUAGAGCUGGGGAGUUUUGAGUUCCAGCUGCACUGAAAGACGACGUGGGAGCUAGUGCAGUAGCAGUGUUGUGCUGGAUGAAGUUCUAUUCACAUUACACGGAUCUUGGUGGCGUUUUGUUGGAGGAAAGUGAUGCCCAUGUACGAGUCACCAUGUGAAUACACUUAGAGGGACAUACGAUGCAUGAUGACAGUUUACCUAAAGUUGCUUGCGUUCUGAAACAAAAUGAGGAAAUCAACGGCUGUUGUCUCAGUGAGGAAAUUCAAUGCACAGCAGUGGAUUAUGUGCCAACUCAACGCUAAUAAGGAAUUGUAAUUUUGUACGGUGGAAAUUCCUUUAUUUAUGAUGUAAAUUUGACAUGGAAUUGAAAUCGUCACUGAGUAUGUCUGGUUCUAAAGAUUAUAAAGAGAGGGCACUUCGACGGCGUAGGGUGCGAUAUCGAACGUACCCGAGCCCUUCAUUCGACCUGGAAGAAGAUGACGAGCCACUGCUCGUUGCAUGUCGCCAUAUUACAUUCCCUCUCGAUGUUCGCUUCCAGUCUGCCGUCCAGCAACAGGACAACUUUGAGCUUGAUAAGAUCCUCAGCACACACGGGGCCCAGAUCGACAUGAAUGCCCGGAAUCAUAUCGGGUUGACAGCUCUCCACCAAGCGGUGUUGAAUCGCAACUUGGACACAGUGAAGUUGCUGUUAACGCGCGGGUCUGACGCAAACGUCCAGGAUUCAAACGGCUACGCCCCGUUACACACCGCGGCUGCCUACGGUCUCCGGAACAUCGUGAGCCUUUUGAUCAUCUUCGGUGCUGACCUCUUCGUGAGGACUCUGGCCGGUGAAUCCCCCGCUGAUCUCUCCAAGGACGUGGUCACUGCCGAUCUCCUCAUGGUCGAGAUGUGCAAGCAAAUCCAGCAGCAUGAAUUGAUGGAAAAAUAUGGAUUUCUGUUCAGAUUCAUCGAUUUGUGGGAGACGUUGUGGACGAAUUGUUGUACACUGUUUGAGAAAGUUGUUGAAUGGGCGCAGCGUGCAGUGAAGAAUUAUAACGAAGUGCCACAGCAUCAUGCGCAAAACGGCACCAUAAACCGCGGGAGAAAGCUGCCAUAAAAACUUCAGAGUCAUAUUUGUUUUCUACUGGGGCGGGCAUUUGCGAUAUACACAGUUAAUGGCAUUGGCUCUAUGACUUGUAUUUUUUUCUCUCUAUUUUUUUAAAGGCACUGGGCACGUUUGGUAAUUGUAAAAAACCGGUAUUCUCACU